GCACAUUGUAGGUUUUUCUCUGAGGACACAGCUGACUCGCGACGACUCUCCCUCCUUAGGCUGCAACCGGCUGCUUCUCCUUAAAUAUCAAAACGAUGUUUCGUUCAGCCCUCGUAAGACUAAACGGCGCUGCAAGAUGCACAGUGCUAGAUGGAUCAGUCAGAGUUCCAGCUGCUAUGGUGACUCGUAGCAUGUCCAAGGUAUCUACCGAGACUGAUGAUGAGUUUGAUGCUCGAUAUGUUGCUUACUUCAGCAGGCCUGAUAUUGAUGGGUGGGAAAUCCGUAAGGCCAUGAAUGAUUUAAGUGGAAUGGAUUUGGUUCCGGAGCCUAAAAUCAUCAUUGCUGCACUUCAUGCCUGCCGACGAUUAAAUGAUUUUGCUCUAGCAGUGAGAUUUCUUGAGAGUGUCAAGGACAAAUGUGGUCCAAAAGUAAAGGAAAUUUACCCUUAUGUUAUGAAGGAGAUUCAGCCAACACUCUCUCAGUUGGGAAUUAGCACUCCAGAAGAAUUGGGUUAUGACAAACCAGAACUAGCUCUUGCAUCUGUAUAUGAUGCCUAAUUUGAUUGUCAAAAUUUAAUAACUGUAUUUAUUGUCAAUGUGAGUGUAAGACCUGAAAUAUCAGUAGAGUCAUCAUAAUGAUAGUGGGUGAGUCAAGUUCUUAACAAUAAAUGAUGCCAACAUUUUUUAUGUAUAAGGUAUACCCUUUUCAUGUGUCAUUUGUGAAUAUACUUUAUUGUAUAAAGGGGAAAUCUCUGUAUUUGUCAAAAUAUAUAAUGUACAGCUAA